AUGAUAACUGUCAUACGGUUAAUUCACUCUUUCUUUAUCUUACAGGUCACCCAAAACACUGAGAUACCGGUGAAUGAGACUGGCCAGUUCAUCCAAUAUGAAAACCUCUUCGUCAAAGCAGAGCAAGCUAUAUCGGCUGCAGCUCAGGAAUCUCGUAUGCCGCCACCUAGCGUUGCCCCGGAUGUACUCAACCAUAACAACGCGCACGCCGACGCGCGUGACCUGGCAGACGAGGACGCGAUCAUGCGCAAGCUGGUCCGGUGUUACAGCAGCGAAUCCUUGACGAGUGUGACGUCAGAGUCAUCUGUACAAGAGAAUAUAUUUAGCACAGCCGGUCAAAUCGAGGUCAUAAUUGAGUAUUCAAGCGAACCAUCGCGUCUGAUUGUAACAGUGGUACAGGCCCGUGACCUCCGACCUCUACCGGAAGGAGCCGCUCUUUCUGACACCUACGUCACACUUUACCUUGACCCUGAUAACGAUGUCAAAGGUCAAACAAAGAUUUACAGGAGAAGCUUCAGCCCAGUUUAUAAUGAAAGGUUUUCAAUGCGAGUCCGAUGGGAGGAUCUAUCACGCCGUACAUUACGUUUGACAGUAAUGAACUAUGACAGGCACACUCGCCAUGAGGAGAUAGGGGAAGCAGAGUUACUGCUUGGGGACAUCGAAUUUCAGCAUGGACCUUUCAAUACGUGGCUAAAUCUUCACGAUUCUAACGAGAAACCAGAGAAUCUAGGUGAUAUCUUGUUUUCUUUGAGCUAUCUUCCAACGGCUGAGAGACUCACUGUUGUCAUAGUAAAAGCUAGGGGCCUUAAAUGGAGUGAUAACAAAAAGUCAGGAGAUCCAUUUGUGAAAGUGUACCUUCUACAGAACGGCAAGAAGUUAAGUAAAAAGAAGACGUCAAUGAAGCGAAGUGAAACCUGUCCCAUCUUUAAUGAGGCUAUGAUGUUUUCUGUGCCAUCCAACAUUCUAGAGAAAGUUACUUUACGUAUCACUGUAGCUGAGGUUGGUAUGGCAGGCAAGACCCCCAGCGUCGGACACGUCUUAAUUGGUGCUAACUCUAAAGGAUCCUCACUGAGCCAUUGGAAUCAAAUGCUAAUCUCUCUAAGAAAACCUGUUGCUAUGUGGCACUCCCUCAGGAAAUAGCAUUCCAUUCCCAUCGGGUGAGGCCGUCUUCCCGGGCGACGUUUCACACAAGCCACUUUUCACGAAACAGCAGCCGUCAAUGUGUCUACUAUGGUUUACACGCGUCGAGUUGAUCUUGGCAAGCUUUAGCUGGUGUUGUGAAAUGAGGUCCGAUAGAUAGAACUACAUAUAGUACACUGCCCUCUAAAGUCAAGAGAAAGUCAGUUAAGAAUGAGAACAGAGAUAAGUCUAUAAACACAAGUUCUUAUUCAGACUCAUGUCAUGCCAACUUCUAGGCCCAUGUAGAGUUACAUUGAUCCAAUCAACCACAAAUAUGGAAAGCCAAUAAAGUCAAUGUCUAAAAUGCAUGUCUGUUCAUAAUAUUUCUAGAUGUGCCGCAUAUUCCUACAUUGUUUGAAAAAGAAAUCGUGCAAAUUUCCUGUAGAAAAAAUUAUGACAUUGAUGGAUUUCCAUACAAUUAAGGUUGAUUGGAUCAAUCACAGCUCUGUGUAAUAUACGGAGUACUGUUGGACAGUAUCUUAUACUGGCUGAAAACACACACCAGGUGCCCGUUGCAGAAAGAGUUGCAAUCAAUUGCAACUCUAAAAAUCAUGCGCAACUUGAUUUUCAACCAAUCAACAGC